AUGCUCGUUAAUAAUCGCUUGAAAGAAAUACGACGCAUUGUAGAAGCUUCCAACGGCGAAGGAGUUGAAGUGAAAUUUAAAUUUGUACCGACAAAUCAGAACCCAGCUGAUGCUGGUACUCGAGUCUUACAAAAACGCAGUUGGACCAUGACUCUUGGUGGGAGGGACCUAACUUCUUACGCGACCCCAACGUGGUCCGCUCCGUCGUAUGCACUUAGUAUGGACAAUACCCAAGAGCACGACCGGGCGCCAGCACUCGUGAACGCAGUGGGAUUAGAGCCCAUGCAAGAAACGGUGGAGCAAAUAAUAGACCUGUCCCGCUUCAGUUCAUUAACCAAAGCAAAAAGAGUCAUGGCGCUCGUGAUGGUGUUUGUUAAGAAACUAGUGGAACGCUUACCCCAGGCACGGAAAGAAGCAAUACAGGGAAACAUUCCAGAACUUAGGCACACCCCCAUCUACCCUCAGGCCAUAGGAGGUUACGCCUUGGCUGCGUCUCGAAGAGCCAUUAUACGCAACCAUCAGGUCCUCCACCUCACGGACGAGUACCGGAAAUCCAUAGAAAAUAAGUUGCGCCUUUACAAAGAUGAGGACCACCUCUGGCGGUCGAAAGGUCGUAUUGGGAACACCAUUCUGGACACAGACGCCAAAAGCCCUAUUUUUGUAUUUCCCAAAACCCCGCUGGCCGACCUUAUUGUGAAGGAAGCCCACGGAAAUUACCACCAAGGAAUCGAACACACCAUGGCGACAAUACGCUCACAGUAUUGGAUACCAAAACUAAGGCAACAAGUACGCCACCUAGUAAAACACUGCGUGAAAUGUCGCAGAUUCAACGGGCUACCCUACGCUUACCCAGAAAAAAAAAAGAUUUGCCAACUCGCCGCGUAG